GCUGGGUGGCCGUCUGUCAGGAGUGCUUUGCUUGUACUUUUGGUGCACAAAGGCAGAAGGGGAUUGGACUAAAUGGCACAAGGGGUCUCUUCUAACCCUAUUUAUUAUUAUUAUUAUUAUUAUUAUUAUUAACAUUGAGGCUGGGUGGCCGUCUGUCAGGAGUGCUUUGCUUGUACUUUUGGUUAUUAUUAACAUUGAGGCUGGGUGGCCGUCUGUCAGGAGUGCUUUGCUUGUACUUUUGGUGCACAAAGGCAGAAGGGGAUUGGACUAAAUGGCACAAGGGGUCUCUUCUAACCCUCUUUAUUAUUAUUAUUAUUAUUAUUAUUAUUAUUAUUAUUAUUAUUAUUAUUAUUAACAUUGAUUCUGGGUGGCCAUCUGUCAGGGGUGCUUUGUUUGUGCUUUCGGUGCACAAAGGCAGAGGGGGAUUGGACUCAAUGGCCCAAAGGGUCUCCUCCAACCCUCUUUUUUAUUGUUGUUGUUGUUGUUGUUAUUAUUAUUAUUUAUUGCUCGGUGGCCAACUAUAGUUCGGCCCUCCAACGGUCCGAAGGAUCGUGAACUGGCCCCCUGUUUAAAAAGUUUGGGGACCCCUGUUGUAGAUAUUAACAAUCUUAACAGGAACUUCCAAAGGUGAAGAUGUCCCCAUUCCUCGCAUUCCUACGAUUCCAACAGAUAUGCCAAUUCGAUAUAAGUGACUGCAAUUCCCUAUUCGAUUGGCGUUUGCAAUCACCAUCAACAAAGCACAGGGCCAUUCUUUAGAAUUGUGCGGAGUAGACCUAAACACGGAUUGCUUCUCACAUAGACAAUUAUAUGCUGUGUGUUCUAGAUCCAGCAAACCACACAAUCUCUACAUCUGCACAGACAAUGGAACAACAAACAAUAUUGUUUUCCCACAAGCAUAGUGAAAUUAAAAAUAUUUGAAAAUAUAUUGCAAAGGUGUUCUUGCUCUUUCUUUUCCAUUUAACUAGACUGAGCCACAGCAACACAUGGCCAGGUACAGCUAGUUGUUAAAUACGGGAAUUUGAAAGCUUUUUGACAGCUUAUUAAAGUGUACUGAAAAGCAUGUCAAAAAAUGAUGUACAGUAGAGUCUCACUUAUCCAACACUCGCUUAUCCAACGUUCUGGAUUAUCCAACACAUUUUUGUAGUCAAUGUUUUCAAUACAUCGUGAUAUUUUGGAGCUAAAUUCAUAAAUACAUGUCAGAGUAUUAGCAGCGCAGCAGUAGUUGGAUGGAAUCAGUGGGACGCAGAACGAAGUGACAUCCAGAGACUUUGGUAAAACUAUAUACAAGUUUUACUGUAAGCAAUAAUAAUCCAGACAAACAGACUUCCAGACAAACACAGGACUUGACUCUCACUCUAAGUAGACAGCACUCAACUCAGAACUGAACUGUUGCAAUCAGCAAUGUACAAACACUUGUGUCUGGACACUCCCCAGUUCCAGCCACACAUCAAGGUCAUUACAGCUUCUUUGCAAUUAACUCUUUCCAGACUAUAGUACACUCUGGAUGAUGCAAUCAGUAUGCAAUACAGGCAAGACACAAAUUGCAUUUAAACACUAUCAAUACACAAAUCCCACAUUAACAAUACAGUCAUUACCACAUAGCAUUACUGUGUAUUGAACUACUUUUUCUGUCAAAUUUGUUGUAUAACAUAAUGUUUUGGUACUUAAUUUGUAAAAUCAUAGCCUAAUUUGAUGUUUAAUAGGCUUUCCCUUAAUCUCUCCUUAUUAUCCAACAUAUUCGCUUAUCCAACGUUCUGCCGGCCCGUUUACAUUAGAUAAGCCGGGCUGUGGCGCAGCUGGCUAGUAACCAGCUGCUAUAAAUCACUACUGACCGAGAGGUCAUGAGUUCGAAGCCCGGGUCGGGUUAAGCCUUCGACCAUAAAAAAAAAAAAAUAGCCCCGGCUUGCUGUUGACCUAGCAGUCCCGAAAGACAGUUGCAUCUGUCAAGUAGGGAAAAUUUUAGGGACGCUUUAUGCAGGAGGCUAAUUUAACUAAUCUACAACACCAUAAAACUGCUCACGAGGAAAAGAAGAGGAAGAACAGCCACCAAUGGACGGUGAAGCAACAGCUCCCCCUGUAGCCGGAAUCGUGAAGCUGGAAAGAUGUUAAAAAAAUGCCUCUGUGUCUGUCUAAAACUGAAUGUUGUUUGUCUGUUGGCAUUGAAUGUUUGCCAUAUAUGUGUUCAUUGUAAUCCGCCCUGAGUCUCCUUCGGGGUGAGAAGGGCGGAAUAUAAAUACUGUAAAUAAAUAAAUAAAUAAAUAAAUAACCGAGACUCUACCGUAUUUAUCUUUUCUGAAAGGUGAUUGAAAUAAAUUCUACAUCAAGAGUGAGGAUUAAUUCUUGGCUCAGGUUGUUAUACAAUAGGACUUGAGUGUCCACAGAUGUUGGUUUCCACAAAUGGUCUUGGAACCAGUGGAUGCCGAGGGCCCACUAGGAAAUACUCAUGUCCACUGAAGACACUCUGUCAGGACCCAGGCUGCAGAGCACCAAUAACCAUGCGCAGAGACCAGAAUCUAUCUAAUAUCUUUAUUAUAGAAAUAUAUAAAGUCAAUAAAAACAAGUGAAGAAUAUAGUUCAGAAGCAGACCUUUCAGAUGAGGUCAAAUAUAGUCCAGAAAUGUAUUGUCCAAUAUAAGAUAUUAGAGUUCAAAGUUAUAAUCCACUUGACCAAAACACACACUUUGCCAAGCAAAGUGUGGGGAAAUGACAGAGUCUUUAAAGUCCAAUGUAGCUUGACAACAAGGCUGGAAAAUAAACUUGGUUCCUGGCUAGAUUCAAGACUUGAAACGAGGCAACAUGAAACAUGAACAGAGUCCAAAGAAGUCCGUGAAACAAGGCAAGGCUGGAAACUUGAUCCGGGAAACAAGGAACUGGGGUUACGAAGUCCACACACGAUCUCUCUCCUCAAGCUGAACAAUUGACUCCGCAAAGUUCCCCUUGCGAGCAGCACCUAUAUUGGGUCUCGUUUUCCCGCCGACAGAACACUUUCCCUAGAGAACGAGAAGCGAAACCCAACUCUGUCCAGAUGGACAACUCCUUAGAAUUUCCCAAGGGAAGCAGACCUAAUCAGCUAAUUGUUUGGCAGCGAUUCUCAGGCUCCGGCGAUUUGCCUCCCUGGCUCCCCUAUCUCUAUUAUAAUUGUCCCUCCGGGAAAACGGGGGGGAAUUCUGCCCAAGGCCUGUUUGGCUACAUUCUUGAGGACAAACAUCCUCCAGGUGGAGAGGCUCCGAUUCUGACUGAAACGGCGGAAAUCCCAUGUUUUCCUCUUCGUCUGCCAUAAUAGUACUAGGAACAGGACUACAAGGCCCAUGAGUCAUCACACACUCGGUGAUUGGGAGUGGGUCACUUUUGGGAUAGUGACCCAGUUGGGUGAUGUCAUAAAAGGAAGGGAGAGUCACUGAGCUCAGCCUUUGGGGUGGCUCCAGCAGGAGCAUUUGAAUGGCUGGGAAGGAAGGAAGGAAGGAAGGAAGGAAGGAAGGAAGGAAGGAAGGAAAGAAGGAAGGAAGGAAGGAAGGAAGGAAGGAAGGAAGGAAGGAAGGAAGGAAGGAAGGAAGGAAGGAAGGAAGGAAGGAAGGAAGGAAGGAAGGAAGGGGCAGACAGAAUGGGAUCUUUCUUUUUGUUUUCUGUUUGUUGCUUUGCAGCUUUAUGGGCCAAUGUUCCCAUCCAAACGCAACACACGGCCCUUACGUGUCCAGCCCUCUGCACCUGUGCAAACUGGUCAGUGAAUUGCAGGAGAAGGAACUUGUAUGAAAUUCCACCCCACGUUCCCCCAACGGCCAGGCACAUGAUUUUGGCCGAAAACCAUUUUACCAAUAUCCAGCCCUUAGAAAUAACCUUUCUCAACGAACUGGUCUACUUGGAUUGGAGCGAUAACGAAUUGGAAAUGGACUAUGAGUUCAUCUUCCCGGGCAUCAGCAAGCUGGCCUACUUGGACCUCAGUGGGAACAAACUCAAUGCCAUCUCUCCCCACACUUUCUCCGAACUGACCCAUUUGGUAUUCCUUAAUCUCUCCAGAAAUCCCACCAUUAAGCAAAUCGACGAGAACUCCUUCAUUAAUAACCAGUUGUUGACUAUUUUGGAUAUCAGCACCUGUGGCUUGGAAAUUCUUAGCAUCUCGAUGUUCCAAAAAGUGCCUACUGUUCUCACUUUGAGGAUGAUGGAUAAUCCCUGGUUUUGCGACUGUGGCUUACUGGAUUUUAUCGAAUGGUUGAAAACGCCACUGCUUAGCCGGCAAUUACUAGAUCCAAAUGAUACCUUUUGCCACAUGCCAAAAAAUUUAACCGAUAAGCCAAUCUUGCAGGCGGAAGAACUACUGGAUAGAGUCUGCAUUUUACACCCCAGCAUCAGAGUUCUGAUCUUUGCAGGUCUGAUGGCCUGCGCAGUCUUCAUGGCAGGAAUCGUCGCAGCUUGGCUGCUGGGCGUAGUUUCAGUGCUGUAUAACCGCACAGUAUUUAGGUCGGAAGAUGUGGGAGAGUACAGAAGGAUCAAAUAACGGCUCCCGCCUGGAACCUUUCUGGAAGCGGCGGCACAGAACGCAAAAGGAGCAUCAUUUCAGCCCCUUGCUUGCCGGGCUUAUGGCGAAACCCUCGAGCUGAGGUUUUGCCCAUUUCCAAGAAAAUAAAAACAAAUUUUAAACCAA